AAAAUUGGACCGAAAAGCAAAUCAUGUACUGCAGAUUACAAGCUGGACGUAGUGAAAUAUGCAGCAGAAAACGACAAGAGGAAGCGGCGCAUACCUUUGGAGUUGGCAGAGUUGUUUCGAAGCGACAUUGAGGAAGAACAUUUCAUCGGAUUUAUCGAUUAGGAGUGACAGAUUUUUUGGUAAACGUAUAGCCAGCGGUGGGUAGUAACGCGCUACAUUUACUCCGUUACAUCCACCUCAGUAACUUUUGGGAGAAAUUGUACUUCUAAGAGUAGUUUUUAUGCAACAUACUUUUACUUUUACUUGAGUAUAUUUAUAGAGAAGAACCGCUACUUUUACUCCGCUCCAUUUAUCUACAUUCAGGUCCCUACUCGCUACUUUUUUUAUCGAUCUAUUAAUGUUUGUUUUGGUUUUUCAAAGUAGGAUCUACGAAUGCCUGCGUUUCACCAAACACAUGCUGUCAAUAGUGACGUUGGACCAAUCAAACAGAGCCAGGCGGCCACAUGACCGUUAAAUAUGUUGACAAACUUAUUGGGGUGUUACCAUUGAGUGAUCGAUUGUACGAAAUAUGUACUGUACUGUGCAAUUAAUCUACUAAUAAAAGUUUAAAUCAAUCAACCAAAAUGAAAAGGAAAAAAUACACUUUUUAUUUCAACCGUACUUCCCGUCAAAAGCCUAAAGACCGAUCGCGCAGUUCUUGUCUUCACAGUAAAAGUGCCGCUCCAUCGCGCCUGCGCUAACAAAAUAAGAGUCUCCCAAAGCCAGCGCAAACAAGCUAGCAAGCUACGGAGUUUGCCGCCAAUGUAAAUGAUAAAUGGGUUGUACUUGUAUAGCGCUUUUCUACCUUCAAGGUACUCAAAGCGCUUUGACACUACUUCCACAUUCACCCAUUCACACACACAUUUACACACUGAUGGAGGGAGCUGCCAUGCAAGGCGCCAACCAGCACCCAUCAGGAGCAAGGGUGAAGUGUCUUGCUCAGGACACAACGGACGUGACGAGGUUGGUACUUUGUGGGAUUUGAACCAGGGCCCCUCGGGUUGCGCACGGCCACUCUCCCACUGUGCCACGCCGUCCCUUGUAAUUCUUGUAAAGUGUUUAAAAACUAAUAUGGAAGCUGGACAAAUAAGAUGCCAAAAAACAACAACUUUUAUGUGGUAAUAGACAGAAAGGAGGACUUUUUUUCUCCUCCAUUUGAAAACUUGGACGUUAUCACCACUACUGUCUAAUUCCAAUCAAUGCAAGUCAUCAGAAUCAGGUAAUACACCAACUUAUAUUCUUGUCUUCAUGAAAGAUAGGAAUCUAUAUGUGUUAAACAUGCACGUAUAUUCAUUAAAACACCUUUAACAUGUGAACAUAAAUAAAUAUAAAUUAUAUAUAAAUGUAUGUAUGUGUAUAUAUAUAUGAUAUGUGUGUGUAUGUAUAGAUGAGGUAGAUCACCUCGACUUGGUAAUUUAUUAAGCAAUUGAUUAACGUUGAAAAACUUAUUGGGGUGUUACCAUUUAGUGGUCAAUUGUACGGAAUAUGUACUGUACUGUGCAAUAUACUAAUACAAGUUUCAAUCAAUCAAUGCCUACUGAGCCUAUGGUGCUGUUAAGUUAUUGUGGCUCAAUGUGCUAUUAUUUAAUAUAUAUUGUUUUAGUUGCUUAAGAGAUAAUACUGGCUCUGAAUUUGCUCGUUGCUAUUUUUAUGUUUUUGUGCAUUAUUUGUUGCCGUAAUCAUUAAACAAACAGGUUACUCAUCAGUUACUCAGUACUUGAGUAGUUUUUUCACAACAUACUUUUUACUUUUACUCAAGUAAAUAUUUGGGUGACUACUCCUUACUUUUACUUGAGUAAUACAUCUGUAAAGUAACAGUACUCCUACUUGAGUACAAUUUCUGGCUACUCUACCAACCUCUGCGUAUACAUGUUCUAUAUUUUAGUUAUUUGAAUGACUCUUACCAUAAUAUGUUACGUUAACAUACCAGGCACUUUCACAGUUGGGUAUUUAUGCGUCAUAUAACGUACACUUAUUCAGCCUGUUGUUCACUAUUCUUUAUUUAUUUUAAAUUGCCUUUCAAAUGUCUAUUCUUGGUGUUGGAUUUUAUGAAAUAAAUUUCUCCCAAAAAUGCGACUUAUACCCCAGUGCGACGUAUAUAUGUUUUUUUCCUUCUUUAUUAUGCAUUUUCGGCUGGUGCGAUGUAAACUCCGGAGCAACUUAUUAACCAAAAAAUACGGUACAUACACAUUGGUGUGGAUAUGACCUCACUUGCAUACAAAGUUGGAUAAAGUGAAAACAAAGGAAGUUGACCGGAAAAGGAAAUCGCCACUACCCGAAAAUAUGGGAAAUGAUGGAAAACAACUUCAGACUGCAGCCACAUUUGAACAGAUCAGAAUCCAAACAGAUUCGGACUACCUCCCGAUGUGGACCAAAUCUGAAAAUAUUAGAUUUGAAGCUUUUCCGAGCUUUAAGACUAAUCUGUAUCUCUUCAGGGCCAAAAAAUCUGAUUUGCUGUCCAACGUAAACAACGGCAUCAAACAGGAGCACCCUCUAAGCAUCGCUACCAAACCGUGACAGUUAGUGCAAAAUAACAGUUUGAACAAGAAUAUAGGCAAGUGUGUUGCAAAGGUAGUUAGCCCCCUUCCUGUUGCCUCAAUACCUACAAUGAAAUUGUUUGAGGAUCAUUCAUGUCAACAACAUGCCUACAAGAUGGUAAAUGGGAUUUUUUUUAUACCGAAGUAGGGAUGUAUACAGAUUACCAGUAUUUUUUUGUAUCAGUUACUAAUUGGUUUGGUUUAGGAGGACCAUUAAGAUUCUGAACAAUAGAUACAACUGACCGUGGUAAAUACCGCAUUUUUCGGAGUAUAAGUCGCACCGGAGUAUAAGUCACACAUGCCGAAAAUGCAUAAAAAGAAGGAAAAAAACAUAUACGUCGCACUGGAGUAUAAGUCGCAUUUUUGGGGGAAAUUUAUUAGAUAAAAUCCAACAAGAACAGACCUUUUGAAAGGCAAUUUUAAAUAAAUAAAGAAUAGUGAACUACAGGCUGUUAUAUGACGCAUAAAUAACCACCUGAGAACGUACCUGAUAUGUUAACAUAUUAUGGUAAGAGUCAUUCAAAUACCUAUAACAUAAAGGAACAUGCUAUACAUUUACCAAACAAUCUGUCACUCCUGAUUGCUAAAUCCCAUGAAAUCUUCAUUUUCGGUGUCGCUUCUAAACAAUUCUGCCAACUCCAAAGGAAGACAAUGCGCCGCUUCCUCUUCUUUCGGUACGUCGGUUACGUCAGAGUCAUUGUCAGGUGCAGUUCCAAUUAUUCCAGCCUUUCUGAAUCCGGACUGGAUGGUUUUGGUUGACACUGAAGCCCAUGCUUUGUCGAUACAUCCAGAAAAGUUGCAUGGCGCAUUCUCCCGGUUGCCGCGAAGCUGUGCUCUCCUUCCAUCAUCCACUGCCUUAAAGCUCCUAUUCACGGAGAUGUCAAGUGGCUGGAGUGUUUUGGUUAUGCCUCCGGGGAUGAUGGCAGGUAUGGAGUUUACUCCAAACUUUCUUUCUGCUGCUCGAUUGCCGUUUCCUGCUGCGUAUUUCACUACGUCCAGCUUGUAACCUGCAGUAGAUGCUUUCUUUUCGGUGCCAUUUUUGUUCAGCCCUUUGUUUUUAUAAGUUACCGCCAAUGUACCGUAGCAGGUAGCGUCUUCUUUCCCACAGUGCACACGCCUCCGCCGAAUUUUCAUUGGUUGACACGCGUGUGACGAUUGCUGUAGCAUCUUCUUUUCCCACAAUGCAUUUCUGCCAUGACCCGCCUCCACCGAAUUUUCAUUGGUUAACGUGUGUUUGUGACGAUUGCUGACAUCCGGCUAGUCUCAUACGUGAAUGAGAUCAAUAAUAUUUGAUAUUUUACGGUAAUAUGUUAAUAAUUUCACACAUAAGUCGCACCGGAGUAUACGUCGCACCGGCCAAACUAUGAAAAAAACUGCGACUUAUAUUCAGAAAAAUACGGUGAUGAAGAUGGGCGAGAAGCUUCAGGGUCUCCAAGAAGAGAAACAUCAGCUGUUCUUGCAACUCAAAAAGGUUCUCCACGAAGAGGAGAAGAGACGUAGGAAGGAGCAGAGUGACAUCACUACUUUGACAUCCGCUAGCUACCAAACCAGUCUCCCCAUGCAUGCUGGCCAGCACCUUCUCAGCAUUCAGGGCAGUCCCGUCAGCCAUAGUCGACCUGGUGCACUACUCGGAGACCGCAGUAAACAACUUUUCCCAACCGCUGUUAUUUCAUGGAUCCAACACAGCCGUGAGAGUCCAGUCCAAAGCGGAUCCAACACAGCAGCGAGAGUCCCGUCCACAGCGGAGCCAGCAGCAAACCAUCCCAAGCGGAGGCGGAUCAGCAGCGCAGAGAUGUCCCAAGACGAUACACAGACUCGUCAUUAUCAGACACCUGCGUUCAGUUCUGGGUCGGCUGAGCACGGGCAGUUCAGCGGGGCCCAGAGUGUCCACGACUCCUAUGGGGUGGCUCCGUCACAGCAUUCCGCUGCCUAUGCCCCCGGACCGUCUGUACCAGUCAGUUUUGCCAGCAGCUCUCAGAUCAGAGGAGCAUCCGCCUUCCAGGCUAUGCAGUAUCUGCCCCAUCAGCAGCCUGGUUACCCUGUUCACAGUCACUUUACGUCUCAGCCUGGCUACAUCCCAGGAGCUGGAAUUCCCCUCCAGAAGCAGUUGGAACACGCCAACCAGCAGUCAGGCUUUACCGACGCAGGAGCUCUGAGGCCCAUGCACCCCCCGACCAUGCAUCCGUCAGCUCAAGGCUUGCUCCCUACGCCAUCGAUGGCUGUUCAGAUUCCCACUGCCAAGGUACUUACUCUCUUUUGUAUUACAAAUGAUGGAUUUGAAGUACUACUCCUUUGUGUCACCCAGGCUCCAUUUCAGAGCUCACCCCAGACCGCACCUCGCCACGGCUUCCUCCCUCACGCCCAAAGCGGUCAGAGGUUUUACCACCACACCAAAUGAACCCCUGGAUUCUGCCGUAAUCUUGUAUUUCAUUUCACAAAAGUCCACCAUCUUAAGCACAGUCUAAGAAAAAAUAAUUUGGGAUUAUAUUAUCUGCUUUUAUAGAAGUGAUAGGAUUUUUUUUUUUUGUUGUUGCAUUAUUGAACCUUGCUCAUUAAAUUGCUGAACAAGUCCA